UUUUUUAAUUAUUCAAUUUUUUAGCAAGUGAUGUAAAGUGCCGAUAACAUUUUUAUAGCUUAUCAUAUUUUUCUUUUCAGAAUGAUCAAGCCAGUUUGCGAAGAUCUGGAACAGAAUAGGAAUUUACAGAACGUAAUCAACUUCUACAAGAAAUAAAAGAGUUAAAAUAUGAAGCCCAGAUAACAUCUGAGAAAUCACAACCACAAGCCAUUGCUGGGCAGUAAGUCAGGGAUGCAGCGAUGACAUCUUUAAGAGCAUCAUCUUCCGAGUUUCCAUCUGAUGAAGAUACAAUUGUCACAAAAAAGAAAAAAAAGGAAAACCUUGUUCUCUCAUACUUACAAAAAAAGCAAGAGCAACAGAAUCAUUUGAAACAAGAAUUAAAUUUAAAGAAAGAACAACUGAAACUGGAACAAGAAAAAUUCGAGUUGGAAAAAGAAAAAUUCGGUUUAGAGAGAAGAGAGAGAGAAGCAAAAUUGAAGCAGGAAGGCGAGGAAAGAAGAUUGUUUUUAGAAUUACUUAUGAAAACUUUGAAUAAAAAUUGA